AUGAAGAGCCGUUCCAGGCUCAAGGCUAACAUCACACGUUGUCUCUCAUGGGCAGAGCAAGCGGAAUCUGCAACACAGACAGAGAUCACCACGCGCAUACAACUUCUCCACGAUGUUUGGAAGGAGUUCAACGAGUUCGGCGAUGCCAUUGCUGUCCACGAGGAAGUGGAAGGUUACGUCGAUCCGGAGAUCGAUAAUGCGAUUUACGAAGAAAAGUACCUAAGGGCGAUCGCAAUUCUCAAGGACAGAAGUGAUGCUCUACAACCGAGUACAUCUACAGGCAUUACGAAUGGCAGCAACGGUCUGCAUUCCAACAACGACGCAAUUGUCAAUUUGCUGCAACAAAACCAACAACUAUUUGAGCGACUGGCUGCAAAUCAGGCUAGCUCGAGCACGCCGAAUUUAGGUUCGGUAUUCGCGGCGAAUUCUAAUCAGAGCGAAUUGCGAAAAAUUCAAAUCAAGCGGUUCUCUGCCAACUACACAGAGUGGCCCUCCUUUCAAGACAUCUAUGAAAACACAAUUCAUAACAAGCUGCAUUUGUCCAACACACAGAAGUUCCACCACUUGAAAACACUUCUUGUUGAUGAGACUGCCAACUUGGUACGGCACUUGGCCAUUACGGAGACUGCUUACAACACUGCUUGGGAACGUCUUAAGGAGAGGUACAAUCGUCCACGGCACAUUGUAAACUCAUUUUUGGAACAGUUUAUGAGCCUACCAACAACUACAAAGGUAGAUGCAUCAAUUCUACGGAAGGCGUCAGACGGAGCAAACGAAAUUAUUCGCGGAUUGGAUGCGGCCAACCAGAUGGGACGCUAUUGCUGGAUCAUCUAUCUGGCCCUGGAGAAACUUGACGCUGACACGCGGCGCAGGUGGAUUGAGCGCAGCAUGGACACGGAUUCCCCAACUCUCGAGGAAUUCUUCAAGUUUCUGGAUUCUCGUUGCGAGGAACUGGAGCUGAGUAAAAGGGAGCUUGCUACUGGUGGCAAAACAACAACACAUGCAGAAAAACCAAAAAGGGUCACACAAUCGAUGGUUGCGGUUGAAAGCAGUGGCUGCACCAAAUGUAAUUCUACAGAACCUACUCUGUACAGCUGUCAGCAGUUCUUGGAUAUGUCCGGGAUGCAGAGGCGAUCCUUCGUGAAGGAGAAAUCACUGUGCUACAACUGCUUGCGACCUGGUCAUGGGGUCAGCAAGUGCAAGUCGACAUACAAAUGUAGGCAAUGCAAGGGAAAUCAUCACUCCCUUCUUCAUGUCCAAGCGAAUCCACAGGCUAUUGGGAAUCUUGCCCAGAUACCAAGGGAGGACGAGCGAAACACAAGCGCGUCCAACAACACAUCUGUGACUCUCAGUCAUUUCGCCCAAGGAGAGGGCACUCAAUCAGUUGUAUGUGCACAGGGCACUGCAAAAUCUGCACAGGAAUCGGAAGUUAAGCGAAGCAUAUUACCAACUGCCAUGGUUUAUGUUCAAAACGCAAAAGGUGACCACGUAACAUGCCGUCUCUUAUUGGACACGGGCUCAGAGCUUUCCUACGUAUCCGAGCGUUGCAUCCAAGCUCUCGGAUUGACACGGUCGGCAUCACGCAUCUUGGUUACGGGAAUCUCUUCGGUGAAAGCAGACACGACCAGGGGAUGCAGCACCUUGCACAUCAAGUCUCGUAUCUCCGGGGAUCAGUUGGUUGUCUACGCCCACGUGUUAGGCAGGAUCACUUCUUCGCUGGAAAGGCAAAACAUCGAUGCAUCGGCGCUCAAGGUUUUCAAGGAUCUGCAGUUGGCGGAUACUAAAUUCAACACAAACUCACCUGUUGAUAUUCUAUUGGGCAGCGAACACGUAUGGUCAGUGUUUACUGGACGAAAGAUGUACGAUAACAAGGGUAAUCUCAUCGCCAUUUCUUGGGUGUUCGGAUGGGUAAUAACUUCAUCGAGUCCAAGCAACGCUAUUGCACUGACUACAACAGUGGACAUAGGCGCCACGCUUCAGAAGUUUGGGAACUAG